AUGUCUAUCACCAGUUUUGAUUAUGCUCUCCCUUGCAAAACCCACAACAAGUACGAUAUUUUCUUCAACUCUUUCACUAUUCACACAAUGAUCACAAAUACUCCUUCCAUGGUUGACGAAUGGUUCUUAAGUAUCAACCCUUACCUUAACAACAACAACAACAACGUCAUCGUUGGCUUGGAUGUUGAAUGCCUCCUCGCCAAACGUCAUGGUAUAUCAAACACUGCUGCUGUCCUUCAACUUUGUAUCGGCGGAGAAUGUCUUAUUUUCCAAAUCUUACACGCCUCGUACAUCCCAGAAUCACUUAUUGCUUUCUUGGGUAACAAAAACUACAAGUUUGUCGGUGUUGGGAUCAAAGACGACGUUGACAAGCUUCUUAGAGACUUCUCCUUGCAUGUUGUAAGCUUUGUUGAUCUUCGCACACUUGCUGCUAUAAAGAGAAGGGACGAAUCAUUGAAGUUUGCCGGGCUUAAAACACUGGCUUUUCGUGUUCUUGGAAUAGAGAUUGAGAAAUCAAAGAAAAUUACUUUGAGUGAUUGGAGUAAUUUUCCACUUACUGUUAAGCAAAUUGAAUAUGCAUGUCUUGAUGCUUUUAUCUCAUUUGAGCUUGGAAGGAUUCUUUUCUUAUAG